AUGGACUUUGAAUUUGCAGCCUGGCAAAUGGUCUAUUUAUUUGUAUCACCACAAAAAGUGUUUAGAAAUUUUAAUUACAGAAAACAUACAAAGUCACAGUUUGCCCGGGAUGAUCCAGCAUUCUUAGUAUUACUCUGCAUAUGGUUAUUUUUGUCGUCAGUAUGUUUUGCCUUAGCGAUAGGGCUGACUUGGAGCCAGUUGGCACUGUUUGUACUAUUUGUGGUCUUUGUUGACUUCAUUGGAGCAGGUAUACUUGUCUCCACAAUAUUUUGGUACCUAAUAAAUAAAUAUUUGAGGCGAGACCCAGCCGCAUCGGACGUAGAAUGGGGCUACGCCUUUGAUGUGCACAUUAAUGCAUUUUUCCCACCUCUGUCGCUGCUCCAUUGCUUCCAGAUAGUUUUAUUCAAUAAUCUUCUCAUGGAGGGCGGUUUCAUUUCUUGCGUGGUAGCGAACACAUUCUGGUUGGCGUCUGUGAUCUAUUAUUUGUACAUCACAUUCUUGGGCUAUAGUAAUCUGCCCAUGCUACAAAAUGCGAGGGUGUUCCUACUGCCGCUUCCGAUACUAGUCCUCGCCUACCUGGGCACGUUAAUAGCAAACUGGAAUCUCAGUUUAAUGCUAAUGGAUUUCUAUCAUUACAGAUUACUU